GAAUACAAUAGCAAUACAAUGACAGACAAUGGAACUUUUUUUUAGUGGCUGGGACGUGUACCGCCUCUCUUGCAUUUCUGCCUUAUCUUCCUCCGCGUGUGUGGAAGGUGGACUGCAGGUAAUAGAUGAGGAUGAAGUGCAGGAUAGGCUGGGGCUGGUAGAGGAGUACCUCUCGGCGUGGGACGCGUUACAAUGGAAGCUCCUGCGAUCUACCGCACGGGUCUGCCGUCGGGAACGGGAGCGCCUGGUUGCGAAUGAGGCUGCGGAACGUCGACUGAUCGAGGGCGACAGCGCGUUUCUGCCUUACAAACCCUUUCCCGGAGCGAUGUUGAGUGAUGCUUUUCACCCUUUGCUGGUCCACGAAAGCGAAGCGCGCCAGCGUAUCUUUCAGGAGUACACGGACUGCUUCUCGACAAAUCUGUUUAAUGCGUACGAGGCGCUACGGCGGAUGGGGGUUACAUACGAGGCACUGGACUCGCUCGUUAUCAAGGCGUGCCAUGUAGGUCGUGCUGGGCAGCGCGAGGGCCUGCUGGCGCACACCAGCACCUCUGGGCACGCUUUCGAAUCGCCGCACUUAGACCGAUUAGCACCCAUCUUCCCCAACAGCAUGACAAAUACGCUUUGCAGCGCCACUGUGUCCCUGCUUGUUGGACAGGAGAAGGAGGAGCGGUGUCUCCUCGACGCAACACGGCGCAAUUUCAUGGACAGCGCAAAGGCUGUAAGAGCAGUAUACGAGGAGCAAUAUGCACGGCUCAAGGAUUCCUUGACGCUGACGACGGAAGCGUCCAUGGUGUCAGCUCCGUGA